CUCGUCGCUUGCUGCCGUCCUAAGUUCGGGAGCGUGUUCCAUUUUCAAAGUAAUUGAAAACUUUAAGCUUUUUAAUUCUUACAUUUUAUUUAUUGAGUGAUAUUCAGUUUUUGAGUGAAGUGUUUAGAGAUAUUUUGUGACUUUGCUGAGAGGGGAUGUAGUUAACUUCAGGCUGAAAAAGAUCAUGAACUAAGUCAUCAUGGAGUCUACAGAAGACGAAUUCUACAGCAUAUGCCUGAAUUUGACCAGCGAAGAGAUCGCAAACAUUGGAGGCUGUAACUACAGUGCCGAAUUUGAAAAUGGAGAACUUCUUGAGAAAGUCGUUUCUAGGGUUGUGCCAAUUUUCUUUGGUUUCAUCGGAAUCGUUGGCCUCGUUGGCAACGCGUUGGUUGUUCUCGUCGUUGCUGCAAACCCUGGCAUGAGAUCUACCACUAACCUCUUAAUUAUAAACUUGGCUGUUGCUGACCUACUCUUCGUUAUCUUCUGUGUUCCGUUCACGGCUACAGAUUAUGUCAUGCCCAGAUGGCCUUUCGGGGACUGGUGGUGCAAAGUCGUUCAGUAUUUCAUAGUUGUCACAGCUCAUGCAUCAGUCUAUACCCUCGUGUUGAUGUCUUUAGACAGAUUCAUGGCAGUAGUGCACCCCAUAGCCUCGAUGUCAAUAAGAACAGAGAAAAACGCGUUACUUGCAAUAGCUUGUAUAUGGGUGGUUAUUUUGACCACUGCGAUCCCCGUGGGCAUCUGCCACGGUGAGAGAGAAUACUCUUAUUUCCACAGAAACCACUCUUCUUGUGUGUUUCUUGAAGAGCUGGGUUAUAGCAAAUUAGGCUUUCAAAUGUCGUUUUUCCUUUCAUCAUAUGUUAUACCUUUGGCUCUCAUUAGUAUUUUGUAUGUAUGUAUGUUAUCGAGGCUGUGGAAGAGCGCUCCUGGAGGCAGAGUAUCUGCGGAGAGUAGAAGAGGGAGGAAGAAAGUGACCAGGAUGGUGGUCGUUGUAGUUGUAGUGUUUGCGGUUUGCUGGUGUCCUAUCCAGAUAAUCCUGCUGGUAAAGGCGUUGGACGCUUACAAUAUCACUUACUUUACGGUGACGGCGCAGAUCGUGUCCCACGUGCUCGCCUACAUGAACAGCUGUGUCAACCCCGUGCUUUAUGCCUUCCUCUCGGAGAACUUUCGCAUCGCAUUUAGAAAGCAGACAACAAGGCGAUGGAGAGUGCAAACCGUGGUGCUGCCUAUCCACUGGACCGGUGGACUGAUGACAUCGUGAAGGAGGUUUGCUCUCAGUGCAAUACUGCACACAUGCAUACAUGGAGGCCAUGUGGAUGCAGAUGCGUACUAUAGGAGGAGGCCUACGUCAAGAAAUGGACCAAUUAAAAAAGCUGAUGAUGAUUAUUAUAUGUUUUCUUUAAAAUACGUCAUACUGUGACAACAAAAAGAUUACCAUUGAGGUCGUUGCUCGGUUAUAUCUAUUAUCCAGAAUAUAGUUAAAACAAAUGUCUUUAUAGUUUUAAGAUAAUGGAAACAACUCACACUUUCUGCCAAUAAAGUAUUUCAUUUCACUCAUCAGUACACUUUGAAGUACUUCGAUAUUGUACAACGAUAAAUUUUGUAAAAAUAAAUCCAUCUUUUGUUCUUUGUUCGCGUUCCAUUGUUUAUACGUUUAGAACGCGAAAUUGUAUAAGUAGCUCAUUUAUCAAACUUCAAAGAGAGUAUAAUAUUUGUUAUAUGUGGCGAGAUAUAUUUGUAAAAUACGUGAUGAAUCGAACUCAGUUCAGUCUAAAGCAAGUUUGUUACAAUAUCUUUAGAUACAUUUGUGGUUCCGUAAGUUAUAUUUCCGGUGACACUUUAAAAUUGUAUUUCUCAGUAAAAGGACUUCGUAAAGCCAUAAGCUAGUGUUUAUACUUUCAGACAGAUUUGAUAAAAUUAACUAUGGUUGCCAAAUAUUCUAAUAUAACAUGUUAACUUAAAUACGUGGGACAGUAUACAAAUAUAAUUUGGUUUUAUUUCGACGUUAUUAGCUUUAUACCCACAAAAGACCGAGGUGAAUGAAGAUCUUUAUUUGAAGGGAAAAUAAAUAUCUUCUUAUUUAUUUAGAUUGAUAAUAAUCUUUCAAUGUUAUUUUUUAACGAUCAUUGUAGCUUAAGGCUAAAGGAUCGGAUGGCGAUCGGCAGAAUAAAUUUCAUUGAUUUGAAUACUA